AGACGUCCCUGGGGAAAGGCCGGGCCUUCAUCCGCUACUCGCUGGUGCACCAGCGCCUGGCUGACACCCUUCAGCAAUGCUUGAUGAAUCAGAGGGUCACCAGUGACUGGUACUACGCACGCAGCCCCUUCAUGAAGCCCCACCUGAGUGCUGAUAUCAUCAAUCACCUGUAUGAGCUUAACGACAUCCAGUUCGACGUGGCGUCUCGAGGCCAUGAUCUCGACGCUGCCUGGCCUACCUUCGCCAGGAGGACCUUGGGCGGCUCACCCGCCCACCUCUGGAGACCCCCCAGCCGCAGCUCCAGCAUCAACAGUCUGGUCAGCUCCUACUCUCAGGUGCAGGACUUCCCCUCCAGCCCUGACCUGGUCGCAGGUGAGGCAGCCUAUGACGCCGUGAGCCCCUGUGCGGCCGAUGACCUGCGGCUGCAGCUGGACCAGUCAGAGCUGAGGCAGCGGGAGCUGCUGGGCCGGGUGGUGGAGUUGGGCCAGGAGUCUUCCGAGCUGAGGGCCGUGGUGGAGGCGCUACAGGGUCAGCUGGACACCUCACUGGCUACUCAGGAGGCCGGCCGGAGAGAGCUGGAGGCCCUGAGGGUGGCUGAGAGGCUGAGGGGGGCAACAGAGCAUGAGCUGAGGGCCCAGCUGGCCACGGUGGAGCGGAAGAACGCAGAGCUCUUGGCCAAGCUGGACGGUGUGCUGGACGAGAAGAGCCUGCAUGCAACCAGCUACCUCGACUCAGCCCAGAAGAUCCACGGCCUGCUGGAUGAACUCAAUCAGGCAGAGAGUGCUAGGCUGGAGGUGUGCCGGGAGGUGGAGAUGCAGAGGCAGGAAUCACGGCGGCUGGCCGAGGAGAUGAGGAUAAGAGAGGGGGUGCUGGCCGAAGAACGGGCCAAGGCGGAUGGCCUGCAGGGGGCACUGGCGGCAAAGCAGAAGGCGUCUGGCAGCCUGGAAAGGCAACUGGAGGACCUGAAGCACACCCUGGAGGUGACAGUGGUCGAGGCAACAGAAGAGAGGAAAAAAGCCCAGGAGGAGAAGCUGGAACUUCAGCAGAGGUUUGCCAGCCUGAGGGACUCGCUAGAGGGCCAAAUUCACACUUACACCCAGCAGCUAAAGGCUAAAGACGAAGAAGCGUCCGUCAGGCUCCAGAAGAUCGAACACUUGGAGAAGCAGAUGACUCAGCUGGCUGUAGAGAAGCAAGGCCUUGUGGGGAAGCAGGUGGAGCUGCAGGUCACUGUAAAGGACCAGGCUAGGAAGAUGGAGGACUACCAGACCAGAUGCAGUAGCCUUGAGGAGCUCAACGGCAAGCUGCUGCAGACCAAGAAAGAGCUGACGGAGGCCGGGAUGGUCAAGGAGAGCAAGCUGGCUGCCCUGCAUGCGUCCGAGAAGCAGCUGAGGAGCCAAAUAGAUGACGCGGCCAUGGCGCUGGAUGAGCGGGAGAAAAAGCAGCGUGAGGAGAACCGAUGCCUGGAUGAGGGCCUUCGCAGGGCCGUCUUGGAGAAGGAGACCGUAGAAGGGGCCGUGAGGGAGCUUGAGCAGGAGAGCCAGCACUUGAAAAAGGAGCUGGAGGCAACAAAAGGGGCACUGUCUUCCACCCGCCAGGAGCUGCGAGCUGCUGAAAGUCGGGUGGUCGAUCAGGAGGGCAGCUUGGCGGAAUCCCAGAGGACUGAGGCUGGACACCGCAAGCAGCUCCAGGAAGUUGCUGAACGGUUGCAGUUCAUGAAGCUCCAGACCCAGGAGCUGGAAGCCAAAAUGAAGGAGCUGGCAGAGGAGAAGAAGGAUGCAGUUUCCAGCCUGAUGCUUGUGGAGGGCCAGCUAGAGCUGAACGUCAAGGAAGUCUCCAGAUUGCAGGCAGAGCUCCUGGAUUUGCGUGCUGAGCUCCGGGGUGCUGUCGAGGACAAGAGGAGGACCGAAGGUCAGCUGAAUGUGGCAGAGACCUCACGGGAAGAGCUUGCGACCCUGCUUGAGAAGCUGAAGGGACAGGAGGAGGAGCUCCGGGGGAGGCAGGUGGAGAUGGAGGAGGAGAUGAGGGUCAUCAGGGAUCAUGAAACCCAGGUCCAGGCUGAGCUAGUGCCCCUGAGGGAGGAGCUGUCUGCCCUGAAGACUCUCCAUGAGAACCUGGUGCUGGAGCGUGCAGAAGCCCAAGAGGGCCUCCACCGGGCCAACACCGAGACUGCCGAGCUGGGCGUCGCUGUCUGCCGCCUGACCUCCGAGAACCAGGAGGCGGCUCGCAGGCUGGAGGAGGUGGCCCGCGAGGCCGAGCGUCUGAGAGCUGGGCUUGCCGCCCUCCGGCAGGAGAACACCAGUCUGUGCGAGGAGCUGGCCCAGUCGCAGAACCUCACGCAGACCGCCCUGGAACUCAAGGAGCAGCUGGAGCAGGCCACCAGCAUCCAGGAAGCUGCGCGGGAGGAAGUGAAGGCCUUGAAGUUUCAGAUGUCCAGUGAAGCCUUAAACCAUCAGAAUCAGCUCAAGGGGAUUGGGGAUGAAGUGGGGAAUCUCAAAGGCCAGCUGACAGCGGGGAGGGAGAAAUCGUCUUUGCUGGAGGCCAGAGUCUUACAGCUGGAGGCCGCAAACAGUGACUGCGCCCAUCAGAUGGAGGAGAAGAUGGAGGACAUGGCGAGGAGUGACGCCAAGGUACGACAGGCUGAGGAGGACCUCCAGCAGCUGAGAGGAACGUUGGUUAGGACUGAGGAGGAGCUGUCUGUGGCCAGGAAGGGGUGCGAGGAGCUGAAAGGGAAGCUGGACAGGGCUGCAGAAGAGAGACAAGUCCUGGAGAUGAAGACCACGGCUGAAAUUGAAGACCUGUGCAAGACGAAAAGCACCCUGGAGGAGCGUCUCAUUGAGCUGAUCAGGGAUAAGGAUGCCCUGUGGCAGAAGUCCGACGCGCUGGAGUUCGAGCAGAAGCUGCGGGCGGAGGAGCAGUGGUGGCUCGUGGACAAGGAGGCCGACCGCUGCCAGGGCUGCCGAAGCACCUUCACCUGGUGGCUGCGAAGGCACCACUGCAGCAACAACUUUGCGAUGACGAAGCAUAGCGGGAAAAAGGAGCGCUGCUGCAGAGAGUGCUACUCGCAGCACUGCGCGGUGGUGGAGCGCCUCACACAGGCCACGGUGGGCAGCAACCAGGACACCCCCACCUCCCCCUGCCCCCCCUCUGCGCUGGGACCCGCCCCCUACACACCCAUACCUAGGGUGACAGUGACAGACCCGAGCCCCCAGUCGGAUGACGCCGCCUUCGACAUCAUCACGGAGGAGGACCUGGACGGGAUCUACGACGGCGACUCUGCGUGCCCGAGUGACAGCACCGGGGAUGCUGCCUCCGAAGACCCUGAGGGUGUGACGCUGGACCGGCAGGAUGCAGAGAUCCAGCUUCUAAAGUCAGGGGUGCUCACGUCUGCCGUGCCGCUGACGCUCGAGGACGUCUCACACUUCGGUGAAGGACCCCGGGAGCUCUUCAUCCGCUCCAGUUGCUACAGUGUGCUGUCCAUCACCAUGCCCGAGCCAGGACCCACUGUCAGCUGGGUGUUCUCCUCCGAGCCCAAGAGCAUCGCCUUCAGCGUGGUGUACCGUGAAGUGGAUGAUGCUGCACUCGAGCAGGCCAAGGUUCUGAUCCCGUUGACCCGCUGCAACUCCCACCAGGAGACAAUUCAGGGCCAGCUGAAAGUUCGGAGGCCAGGGGUCUAUACACUACUCUUUGACAAUUCCUACUCUAGGUUCAUCUCAAAGAAUAUUUUCUACCAUUUGACAGUUGAAAAGCCAGUGAUCUAUGAUGGAAGUGAUUCUUAGGAGAGGUGGUCCUGCCCCCAAACUCAGAUUCCCCCAGAAUUCCCUGGGUGUAGAGUCACUCAGGUCCUCGUGUUCCUCACGGUCUGCGCGAUUUUCUCUUGUAGACCCUAACUGCAUCACUAUGUGGUUCCAUUUUACACUCAUCUUCUACUUUGAAAAAGCCAUAGAUGCUUAGAAAUGCCAUUAUGACACCACUCUUUUUGAUGGGCUCCUUUGAGUUAAAGCAUUUUAAAAAUAAUAGCCAUGGUUAUGAAAAAGAAAAAGAAAAAAACAUUAAGGGUGCAUUUCAGACCAAAUGCAGAAGUAAAAAUCACCAACGUAUAUCUUUUUUCAGAACUCUUAGAAUGAUUGGAAAAAAAAAACUUAAAGAAGCAUUAUAAUCACAAGCAAGUGACUGAGGAACUGAGAGUUUCCAAGAAAUUUUAAGAAAACUGAGAAAAGCUUGAUGUGCGUUAUUUUAUCUUAUUUUAUUUACAUUAUAUUUUUAUUACAUUUUUUGUUUUGUAUAUCAUUCACAAUGUCAGACGUGCAUUUUUGGAAUUUUGGAGAAUUUUAACGAGGAUUUUCAGGUCUUAAACAGCAUACAGACGACAGGUCAGCAGAAACAAAGUUUUUAUGGCGUUUUUUAAGGUCAGACUCAGGGCUGGGAAUUAGAGGUAUAAUAAAUAACACUUUCAGUCUUUUUUUUGUACUAUAAACAAGCUUCCGGGCUCUUAACACCAGCAAACACAGAUAAUUGGGUGGAGGGUCACCGUGACAACAAUAUCGCCAUGACAGCCACACUGCUGUGUUAACAUCAAAGCAUACUGCAGAUUUUAAUUACUCAGAAUGCCAAUCUCUGUAAAUACACGCUAAUAAUAACAAUGACUAAUAACAAUAAGCAUUGCUACAUUUUAUUUUAAUAUAUGCGAAGUAUUUUGUACAGAUAUGAAAUAUCUCUUCCCUUGCCUAGAUUUUAGAUGGAUACAAAAUAUAACACUAAUUUCUGUGCAAUACCUGGUUUUACUUCCAUCAGAAAUCGGUCAUUAUGUGCUCAAACCCCCACAGGUGUAACAGGUGCAAUAGUUACUUGUAGCGAUUUACAUGCUUUUUGGCCGUAAGUGGAAUUAUGCAAGGUGUAUGUACAGUAUAUGCACCUUCAUGCAGACCAGCCAAACUAAGACUGGGUGCACUGUUUAUAAAAAGCACUUUUUAAUAAGCAUUAACCAAACUGGGGGGGGGGG